AUGUUGAUAGGAUGGCGAAAAGUUUUUGAAGCUAAUGAAUAUGGAAAAAUUGAUCGAAUUAUUUGGUAUGAUCAAGAAAGUGUUAUUGUUACAGGACAAGGUAGACGUGUACGUGCAUUGAGAUAUGCUGAUGGUCUUGAAGUAUGGCAAUUAGCAGCAACAUCAACAACUAAUUCCAAUCAAGAUUGGAAUUCUAAAUAUUGUCAAGUUAUUAAAAAUCUAUUUGAUCCUGGUACAAUUCAUAUUCUAAGUAAUGACCUUCUAUGGAGUGUAUCAUCCUAUGGUGAAAUGCUCUGGUCAAUCACCCUUCCAACAAAAUCAACGUUAAAAAAUCUUUUUCUUCUAUCAACAUCACAACAUGUUAUUGUUGGAAGUAUUGAUUCAAAUAUAAAUCAACUUCAAAUAACUUAUUAUUCUAAACAAAAUGGUGUUCAAUCAUUUUCUUCAUCAAUGCCAUGGUCAUUUAAUUUUGAUGAUAGUCGAAAUAAAUGUACAACAACGAAUAAUCUUAUUUUAUGUUCAAAUAAUAAUGAACUUUCAAUAAUUACAAUUCCAACAACAAUGAAUGAUACAAAUAUAAUUACAAAUAAUAUAAAAAUUCCAAAUACAAUCGAACAAAUACGUGUUUUAUAUGAAAGUAAUACACAUAGUAUUUUAUCAAUAAAAAUGAUAAAUUUUGAAACAAAAAUUUAUCAAUUUAAUAAAAAAGAAUCAACAAUAGAAUGGGAAUUUCAUGAAUUAAAUAUUCAAAUAAAAUCUAAUGGUUUUUAUAGUAUUAUUACAGAAAAAAAUCUUGUUGGACAACAAAUUCUUGAAGCAUCAUCAAAUGAACAAAAACUUAAUUUUUAUGUUUCAAAUAUAAAUGAACAAACUUUAUCAAAUACACGUUCAUAUUCAAUUUUACUUCCAGAAAAUAUGGGUGAAAUUGAAUAUAUUGCAUAUUCAAUCGUUAAACAUACACAAUUAGUCACACUUAGAAUGCAAGAUGCUUCUUUACUUGUUAUUAAAUUAGCUGAUAAUGGAGCUGAACUAAUUCUACAUCGUGAUGAAGCAUUAUCUUCAAUAAUAUCUGUUGAAACAUUUGAUUUAUCAUUAUCAAUUGGACAAAUGCGUAUUGAAGAAGAAUUUGGUGGCACAGGAGUAUUUAGUAUGUUUGCAAGACGAAUUACAACACAAUUAUCUCAAUUAAUUAGUUUUGUGCUACGUUUAAUUGAUUUAUUUACACAUGGAAAUCGAAAUCGUGCUUACAUGGAUAAACAAGCUGCAACAAUUCGUGAUGAAUUUAAUUUAAAUAAAAUUCUUAUUGUUGUUACAUCUGUAGGAAAGGUUUUUGGUAUUUUAACACAAAGUGGUGGUAUUUUAUGGAAACAUUAUUUUAAUAAUUUUGCACCAUUUCAACAUUUUAAUACAGUUCAAGUACCUUUAUUUCAUAUUCGUUCAGCUGCUCAUUAUACACAUCAACCAUUAGCAUCAAUUGUUUAUCGUGAUCGAAAUUCUUUACAUGAAACACAUGUACAAACAUUUAAUCCAUAUACAGGAGAUUUAGAUAAUACAUUAAGUACAUCAUCAUUACCAUAUCGUAUAAAACAUGUUUUUCUAUCAACACAAAUUGUUGAUGAAUUUUGUAAAGUAUUAUUAUUCGUCGAUACAAAUAAUAAAAUACAUACAUAUCCAUCAGUACCACUCUCACGUGCAUUAAGUACGCAAAUUCCAACAUAUAUUUAUUUAUUUGAUAAAAAUGAACAAGUAUUUAUUGGUUAUUAUUUAUCGAUUAAUGAAAAUGAUCAACAAAGUUCAACAAAUUUAAAAGAAGUAUGGCGUGUUUUAUUUCAAAAUGAAGAAGUUAUUAAUAUACAUACUCGAUCAAGUUCAGAUCGUGUUCAUUCUGCUGGUAUUGUUCUUGGUGACAGAAGUGUUCUUUAUAAAUAUACAAAUCUAAAUCUUAUUGCUGUUGUCACAGAAGGAAUUGAUUAUCAAAAAGUUCCAUUCAUAAAUAUUUAUCUAUUGGAUACUGUUACUGGUUCAUUAAAACUUUCUCAUACACAUAAACGUGUCAAAUCACCAGUACAUGUUAUUCUUGCUGAAAAUUGGAUAAUCUAUACGUAUUAUAAUCAACGUUAUCGUCGAUAUGAAGCCGUCAGUUCAUCAUUAUUUGAAGGGCCAGCACAGUAUAAUUAUUCAACAUUUUCAUCAUUUGAUCCCAUUGAACCAGUUGUACAAUCAAAAGCAUAUAUAUUACCAUAUGGUGUCAAUGCUAUUCAAGUAACAACAACUGAAAAAGGCAUAACAUCAAGAGAUAUAAUUAUGGCAGCACCUAAUGGAAUGCUUAUUGAAAUACCUUGGAUAUUGUUUGAUCCUCGACGACCACUUGAUUUAACACCAAUGGACAGAGAAGAAGGUUUGAUAAUGUAUACGCCAGAGAUAAUGGUUAAUUUUGAAAGCGUCAUUAAUUAUUAUAAGUAUGUUUAUAAUAUUCGUGGUAUUCAUACAGUUGCUACUGGUCUUGAAUCAACAUCUAUCGUAUUUGCGUAUGGUCUUGAUCUUUUUUUUACUCGUGUUUUUCCAUCACGUGUAUUUGAUCAAUUAAAAGAUGAUUUUGAUUUUAUGUUUAUUGGUUGGUCAACAGUUGCAUUUGUUGUUGGUUCAUUUAUAGCAAAACUUAUCUCUCUUUCGGUCGCUCUUUUCUUGUCUAAUUACAGCACAAUGGGUAAUAUUGAUAGUCGAAAUGAACGAUUUUACAAUCUUUGUGGUUUGGGCAAAGCACAUUUAAUUGAAAAAAUGUUAGAAAGUGAUCGAACACUAAAUACAAUCAAUGUUAAUUGGGUUGCAUUUGAAACACAAUCAACACCCUUACUUAUUGCUUCAGCGAAUGGACAUGAUCUUGUUGUUGAUGUUUUACUACGAAAUAAUGCAAAAAUAGCUAUAAAAGAUGCUCGACAAGCGACAGCACUUCAUCAUGCUGCUCAACGUGGCUAUACUGAAAUAGCUAAAAAGCUUCUACAUGCUGGAAGUGAUGUUAAUGCUCGAGAUAAACUCGGUUGGACACCAUUAAUGAAAGCAUGUUAUUUUUGCAAUCCGGAUAUUAUUUUAACAUUAUUAGAAGCCGGUGCCGAUAUUGAUGCUGAAACUGAACAAGGUCGUACAGCACUUCACGAAUUAUGUCGAUCACCACCACGAUCGAAUUCGUCAUCAUCAUUAUCAUUAGUAAAUAAUGGUGGAGCAGACAAUGAAGCAACCUUAGCUGAAAUCGCUUGUAUGUUAAUUGAAGCUGGAGCUGAUGUUAAUAAAACUGACCAUGAUCAUUUUACACCAUUAAUGUAUGCUGCUUUUCAUAAUCAUCCAAGUGUUGCUCUUGUUUUACUUGAAUCAAAUUGUGCAGUUAAUAAAACUGAUAAGCAAGGUUGGACUGCACUUCAUUGGGGUAUUGAUCGUGAUCAUCCGGAAAUAGUUCAAUUAUUAAUUGAUAAAGGCGCUCGUACAGAUAUUCUUAGUCAUCGUGGUGAACCAGCUGCAUCAAGAGUAAAAUCUAUUCGUGUUAAAGAUAUUGUUAAACAUAUUAAACGUUAUUCAACGUUAUCAUUAUCUUUAACUGAUAUGAACAAUAUUCUUCAUCAUGGGCAUUCACCAUUAAGUUUAUCACCAACAGAGAUUGAAAAAUUAAAAAAAUUUACUUCUAGUAUGUCGAUGACAAAUGUCGAAAAUACUAAACCAUUAAUCUCAUCAACAUCAGCUACACGAGUCUUAAGUUCAACAGACGUUUAA